AUGACCUCAAUAGCCCUCCCAGGACAAUCUCUGGGACCAAACACCUCAAACAACCUCGGCGAAGCAACCCACAUCCACAAAAACAAUCUCUGCGCCUCAAUCGCAGGCCCAAUCCACUCCAAACCCUCAACAUCAAAGACCUCAAAAGCACCCACACUCUCAAUCCACCGCACAACAGGCCCAUUACUGCCCUCAGUCGGCACAAAAAUCCUCGGCCGAAUCACAAAAACCCAAACCCGACAAGCCAACAUUUCCAUCCUCACAAUAAUCUCCUCAUCACCCGACGAAACUACUACUACUCAUCACAACCUCAACGACCCCCUCCCGGCAACAAUCCGCCAACAAGACAUCCGCGCGACCGAAAUCGACCAAGUGAAAGUGAGCGAAAGUUUUCGGGUCGGGGAUAUUGUGCGGGCGGUGGUGAUAAGUUUGGGGGAUGAGAGGGCGUAUUAUUUGAGUACGGCGAAGAAUGAGUUGGGGGUUGUGAUGGCGACGUCGGAGUUUGGGAAUCCCAUGGUGCCGGUGAGUUGGAGGGAAUUCGAGGAUUUGGGGAUGGGGAGGAGGGAGGUGAGGAAGGUGGCGAAACCGGUUUGA